CCACUACCACGCUACUACUGUACCAAAAUUAUUAUCCCGCCCCGGCCGGGGCCCGACUAGCCGACCCCGACCAGCACGCUAGUGGCACGGACUUAAAGGCAAGACUUUUGCGCUCCAAGCUCUUGCUCUCCCACAUUUUCCUCCAACAGCUCCCAAUCAGGAACAUUUUUUUCACAACGAGAAAAAUACUUAGUCGCAAAGAUAUCUCGAGUCGCAUUCAUCUGGCGCUGCAGUUCAGGUAAGUUUUGCCCUAUUCAAGUUGUCCAAAAGUCGAGAAACACCCCCCUAAACCCUGUCGGCGCAGCUUUUUCACCCCGCCAUCGAGUCGCAUAAAACUUCAGAGUCACCUUCAGACGAGUCAGAACAUUUGGCGCAUUUACAAAAAUUACCUUGAUUGAUCACUCUACGUCCACAUCUAUCCCAAUAUUGUUCAUUGCGCAGAACUUGCGUUUGAUUGCAAUGUCGGACCUUCCAGUCGACACGACUGCGCCUGAAGCAGCCACAACUUCUCCCACCAACGACCAAACUGUGCAGCCCGAGCCCGUUGGGGCAACCGACAAAGAGGCCACAAUGACCGAGGCCGAGAAGAAAGCGGUCGAGGAUGCUCCUAUCAAUUCUGAGGCCAAAGUUGAGAAAGACGGUGAAGCUGCUACUCUCAAGAAGCAUGAGGGGAGCAACCACCAACACGCAAAACGUGAAAACCAUAGCAAAUAUGAUCCCUCUGUUUUGUCUCAAGACGACGACCCAAAGAAGAUCUGUGCCCAGGUACGCAAUAUCAUCGCAUUCUGCAAGCUACUUAUUGUCUGACAUUUUUAUCCAAGGUUGAGUUCUACUUCAGCGACUCAAAUCUUCCCCAAGACAAGAACUUGUGGACCCUGACUGAUGGCACAUCCAACAAACCUGUUCCGAUCAAGGAAAUUCACAAAUUUGGUCGCAUGAGACGCUUCCAGCCUUAUGAGGCAGUGGUAACUGCGCUGAGAGGAAGCAAGUACCUUGAUGUUGUUGGUAUUGAAGGCGAGGAGGGCAUCCAGAGAAAGGCUCCUUAUGACCCAAGCACUCGUUUUAGCUCCGGCGUCGAGGCCAGAAGCGUUUACGCCAAGGGCUUUGGGGACGAAGAACCCAGCUCUCAAUUCGAUAUCGAGGCUUUCUUUGCCCCUUACGGUCCUACCAGAGCAGUCCGCCUUCGUCGUUCUGCCGAGGACAAACUUUUCAAAGGAUCGGUUUUCGUGGAAUUUCAGGAUGAAGAGACUGCCCAAAAGUUCAUGGAACUCGACCCAAAGCCAUUGUGGAAAGGCAAGGAAGAACUGAAAUACAUGACUAAGGCUGCAUACUGUGAAAUGAAGAUUGAGGACAUUCGAGAUGGCAAGGUAGAGCCUGCAGUCCAGAGAAGCUUCCGUGGUAGAGGACGCGGCAAUCGUGGCGGUGAUCGUGGCGGUAGAGGCCGUGGAGGCUUCAAAGAUCGUCGGGAUGACAAGAACGGCGACAACGAUCGAGCAGGUGAUCGCGAUCCAAACGAUUGGAAGAAGAGACGCGAGGAAGACAGAGCAUCUGGCUUCAAGAACGAUCGCCGCGGUGGCAGAGGUCGUGGCAGAGGAGGCAGAGGAAGAGGUGGUAGAGAUCACAAGAAUGACAGAAACCGUGAGCGUGAUGGGUAUGCUAAUGUCUUCAUAUUCCAACUUUUCACUAACCAUGAGACAGUGACAAAGACAACAAUGAGACCAAGGCCGAAGCCAAGUCUGAAGGAAACAACGAUGCCGCACCUGUCAAGACUGAGCAAUCCUCGCCAAACGGAAAGAAGCGAUCCCGCGACGAAGAGGGAGCACCAUCCGAAGCACCGGCCCCAAAGAAGAUUGACAUUAAGCCAGAAGUCACUCCAGCAGCAGCAUCAUGAUACCCAAAAUUGUGUUUUUCCACGAAUUGAUUCGUUUUCUCAAAACUGCACGAAGGAAUGCAUUACACGGUUGUAUCAAUUGGCGUUUAUGGCAUUUGGGUGGUUGGGUUUAUCAUUUUUGCUACCUUUUCCGAACUACAUUUACAUUGUAUUCUUUUCCUUAUUCAAUCUCUGGGACUCGCAUUUACGAUUUCUUACAAAGGUGCUUGAUAUGACACUGACCUGUUGUAUGAAAUGCAUGCUACUCGUUGGAGUCGACAGUGGUCACUGUUUUUUGACGAUUUGUCUACGAUUGCAUAAUCAGCUCGUCUCUGUGUUGGUUCAUAGGAAUCAACAUAAUGUGAUCUGAUCAUAAAUCAGAAUGAAAUAAGUUGAGCCAACAUGUUACUACAUGACUCCUGUAAAUAUAGACUUUACACUUGUACCUGCAA